AUUUUCGCCAGCGCUGUCCUGCUAACGACUUCCUCCUAGAUGCGCAGGAUCGAGCGCGUGUCAAAUGGAACAAUGUAACGGAUCGGAGUUGACAGCCUCAGCCGAGAGGUUACUGAUUAAUCACGCUCCGGCUCCAUAACCAUAGAUAAGGGCACGAGAUCCGCCUGAAUGACAGGAGAAUGACAGCAGGUCCGCAUUGAGCAUUUCAGUGUCUUCUUUACAAGGUAGGCACAAGAGGAAAAUUUACUUUGAAUGGGGAACGUAAUUUGCAUGCUACCCAAGUUCAGGCAGGAUCUUACACAAGCCUGGAGACGGGGAACGCACCUGCCUCUCUUCCCUGACCUGUAGACUCAUUCAUCAGCACCAGCCAUCUUUAAUGGGAUAAACUAUCUCCAGAGAUCAGGUGAACAGCUGAUCUAAACUCAAGUAAGACCCUCCAGCUUCUUAAUUUCUUCUUAAUUGACAUUUUACAUCCUAAGGCCUCCGCAUGGUACUCUGGUCGAAAGAUCAAGACAAACUGUCCGACAUGUCCACCGGGACGGAAAGGAUAGAGAUGAAGAAGGAGGGGGCUCCGCCAGCGUUCCACCACUCCAACGGGUCGGUCCAUCCGGUUAUAUUACCCGACAGCCCCGAGGAGGUGCCCCAGACCCCCGGGGAGUACGAACUCACAGAAGUGACCUCCAUACCGGACCACAGUGAUCCGGAGAACGAACGGCCAGACAUGGGGGUCCUCGACUGUCGGGCGAACGCAAAGGGCCAGAGGGAAGAGGACGCGCUCCUGGAGAAUGCCAGCCAAAGCAACGAGAGUGAUGACACUAGUACGGACCAAAGCCCGGUGCCACCGGCUCCACUAAAGGAAACGUCCUUUUCUAUUGGACUCCAGGUUUUGUUCCCUUUCCUGCUGGCAGGGUUUGGGACAGUUGCAGCUGGCAUGGUUCUGGACAUUGUACAGCACUGGACAGUAUUCACAGAGGUGACUGAAGUCUUUAUCCUGGUGCCUGCUCUCCUGGGUCUGAAAGGGAACUUGGAGAUGACCCUCGCCUCCAGACUGUCUACUGCAGCUAAUAUUGGACAAAUGGAUACGGCCAAGGAUAUGUGGAAAAUGAUCAUGGGAAACCUCGCACUAAUUCAGGUUCAGGCCACAGUAGUCGGCUUCCUGGCUUCCAUCGCUGCAGUCAUUUUUGGCUGGAUUCCAGAGGGUAAUUUUAAGAUGGGCCAUGCCAUCCUGCUCUGUGCCAGCAGCGUGGCCACCGCAUUCAUCGCUUCUUUGCUGCUAGGUCUUAUCAUGAUUGGGGUUAUCAUUGCAUCCAGGAAGGUUGGCAUCAACCCAGACAAUGUGGCCACCCCCAUUGCAGCCAGCCUCGGUGACCUGAUCACCCUGGCGCUGUUGGCUGGCAUCAGUACGGGCCUGUAUAAAGAGCUCGAAUUCAAUGACUAUGCCAACCCGAUGGUUUGUGCCUUCUUUGUGGCCCUGACACCCAUCUGGGUACUUAUCGCCCGGCGGACACCUUCCACCCGGGAAGUGCUCUACUCAGGGUGGGAGCCAGUCAUUAUCGCCAUGGCGAUCAGCAGUGUUGGAGGCCUUAUUCUGGAUAAGACAGUAUCUAACCCUAACUUUGCUGGAAUGGCGGUUUUCACUCCCGUCAUCAACGGUGUGGGCGGCAAUUUGGUGGCGGUUCAAGCCAGUCGAAUCUCCACCUACCUGCACAUGAACGCCUUGCCCAUAGCAGAGCCGGACCCAGCCCCAAGGAAAUGUCCCACUCCCUGGAGCUCGUUCUUUGGCUCAGGUGUCAACUCACGUUCUGCCAAAGUGCUCUUCCUCCUGGUGGCUCCUGGUCAUCUGGUCUUCCUGUACACUAUUAACUCUAUGCAGGGUGGACACACCACUCUCACCUCCCUCUUCAUUGCAUUUUAUCUGGCCGCAGCUCUGCUUCAGGUUGUGAUCCUGCUGUAUCUUGCAGACUGGAUGGUUAACUGGAUGUGGCGUCGAGGGAUGAAUCCUGACAACUUCUCCAUUCCCUACUUGACUGCUCUGGGAGACCUGCUGGGGACGGGCUUCCUGGCUCUGUGUUUCCACAUCCUGUGGCUAAUUGGAGAUCGGGACACAGACGUGGGUGAUUGAUCCACGAUGCUUCCUUUGACUCUGUCCAAGCAACACAAAUGUCUUUAUUUAUGAUGCCACAUAGAGAAAUAAUAUCUAUAUUGUUAUGGCUGCACUGGCUACCAUAAUUGUAUUGAUGACAUUAUUGCUUUGGUAUUGAUAUGUAAUUUCAUUGUUGUUUAGCUACAGGGAGAACAACAAUCCUCAUUAUUUUUCAAUGGGGAUGUUCGGCCCGAUUUUAUGGCCAGUCGCAUUGGCUGCAUGUAAAGAUGACAUCAACUUAAACUUGAAAUAUUUCACGAGAGGCAAACGAACAUAGAAUGCUACAUCAGCAAGUGCUACAAAAUAGUGAUAUAAAAUUAUGUGUUUUGAGGGCGGCACUCACAGCCUUUUGGCAACUAAAAACAAAAACCAUAUUUGGACCAUCACAGAGUGACCUAAAUAACAUUUCAGGCUAAAGAUUAAAAGAGUCACUUGGGUCUUAAUAGUAGAGAUUGAAUCUCAAAGGGGACCUUUUGAUGAUAAAACAUGCAAAUACAGUAGAGUACUGUAAAAUACAUAGAGAUCGCCCAAUUUAACACGCAAUGCUAUGUUUCCAGGAUCUAAAUUUGCUUUAGUAGCUGUGCUUAUGGUUACAGAGAGGGACAGUAACCCAAAGUUUGCGUAGCUACAUUUCCGUUACGUACGCAACAGUUUCCCCCAGUCAAAUAUUGUGAAGUCCACGUCUGUUAAUCUCCAAAAUCUCUUCAGUGGACUCAAAAUACUGGAGCAGAAGUGGUUAUUUUAAAAGGGCUUUGCGUUCGAAAAUUGGCAGUUAGGACCCUUUUAUCAAACCAGAAAUCAUAUUUGACAAUGCACUCUUAAAGGCUUUCCAAAUCCCAAUAAAUAUAUUAUUCUGUUAUAUAGAGUAUAUAUACAGUUGACCCUUUGCUAAGCUCCGCCUCCCUUGGUUACCGUUGCUAACCCUGACAAGCUUUAGAGAGCACUUCAUAGGACGGAUCUGGAGUUUCUAUGAUUUUUAGUUAAAUGUGCUCACAAAGUGUCCAAAAUGAAUGGGAAAUUAUUCUCAUAUGAGUCGAAGGAAGUAUGCAUCGCAAUGCAUUUUAUCUGCCGUUUUCCUUUAAAGAAAUUGUUAAAUUACCCAGUAGUGUGAUUUUAAAAAAGAGUCUGCAAACUCAAGGCAAAAAUGCCCCUUUCAUAGCUCAGUUAAUUUAUGGAUAUACGUUUGCAUAAUAUCUGUAAAAGGCAGUCUAAAACUACACUGUAAAAUAAAUUUUCACUGUAAAAUGAGGUUGUAAAAUAAAGCAAAGAUUACUGGAGCACAUUUUACAAGAAAAUACUAUUUCAGUCUUUCAACUUGAAACUUUUUUUUAUUAUUUGUGAACCUUAUUAGCGGAGUGAAAAUUGAUUCAAAGUAGAUCCUACACCAAAUUAUCCAAGUUUGUUCGUUCAGUAAUGUUUUUAGUGCAAAGCUUGGCGAAUGGUCAAUUGGUGAUUUCAAUUAGAUCAAACAAAAGAAACAUGAAACGCUCUGCCUCAAAAGCCUUUUUACAAAAGGACCGAAGAAUAUCUGUAGAAUGAUGCAAAAAAUUUAAAAAAGGGCUAUUUUGACAUCUACACCUCUGCAUGCUUGCUAAAAAUGUGCUGUUGAACCGGCUCUCUGAAUGAUUUGAAGCCAUGCUUGAUUUUAAAUUUAGUUUCUUUCAUACUGGAAGAGGAGUGAAAUGGUUUCAUUUUGAAUGUUUUUAUGAGAUUGAUGCCACUCAGAAACACUUGAAGGGCUAACAGGAUGGCUAGCAGCUAAUCUGUACCUCAGUUUUCAGCCAUUAAAAAAUCUCUAAUCAGUAGCUGCCAGUAAACUAAUGUAUAUUUUAAUGACUAGCCAGGCUUUAUAAAGCAACUGACCUCUAGUUUUCGACAGUAAUGAUAGCAUGCCAUUGCUAAAGGGCUGUUUAGAAGCAUCGCUCCAUUUGCGCACAUCUCACAUCAUCAGCAGAGUAGUGGAAUUUGUGCGGGGCACAUAACAUUAAAAAUUCACAACAUAUUAAACAUACCCCUUUAUUUUUACUGUAAACUUUGUUUUCUGUUCUUAAAUGUCUGUUUUGUUAACUGUGCAAGUGUGUUGAGGCGAGUUCUAGUGUCAUAUGUUGCAUGCACAUUUCAUGUCACAAUAGAUCACUGUGCACAAGAUGUACUGUAAUGUCAGACUUUGCCACAAGAGGUCGCACUUGCGCAAGGAGCGCAUGCAGCUCCAAUGUGUUUUACGCACACGCAGAAAUGUUUAUACCACACUUAUGCAUUCAAACAUCACGAAUAUUACUGUGCAGCUGACCAUGACAGCUCUCUAUAGUUGUGAAUAUUUCUUCAGGGGACGGGAGGCUUUGUUUAUUUAUUUCUAUAGAUGUGGCAAAGCUAUUUGUAAAUAAUAUAUUUAUUCUAUAAAUGUUUAUUUUUCAUUUCGUUGCAGUUUUUUUCUUUGCAUUGGACCAGUAGAGAUGUUUACUGUACGUUUAUCAGUCUUUUUUUUUUUCUUAACAAAUAUAUCAAAGUUUGGUGCCUAAUAUCCAGCAAAACCUCACAUUGGAUCUGAUUCGUUGAAUUGAGCGUAAUAUGCCUUAACAAAUCACAAGCAAGGCUCGACACGUAGGUUUAUAGGUUUUCUGAUCUGUUUUAUUUUUAUGAGAUUUUUAAAAUUAAUUUUCAUAUUUGUAUUUGAUUGAUUUCUGCACACAAAGCAUCCCAUCCGUUGUGUUCUUCCAGGGCAGAUGUAUCAUGGUAAAGUCAUCCAAAGCAAAGCCACCGAGAUCCCCAUGAGUUUUAGAAUAAAUUAAUAUUUACUUGUGGGUUGUCUAGUCUGUCACAUAUUCCCUCUAAUCUGUAAUCUGUAUAGAACUUCCUACAAGCAAACGUAACCUUCCCUGAGUUAAAUUGGCCAUGAGGGUCAGAUCCCAGCCUCUCAAGCAAAACUAAAACAAACUUACCAGAUUAGCCAAGAGUGUACAGCUAGUAAUGGUAAGUGGUUAUCUGAGUUCUUUGAUUUGUUCCCCAUCAGUUUCUGCCCUGCAGCUGUAUCAGUCUGACACUGUUAAGGGGACCUAACAGAGGUACUUGUAAAUUGCUGGAAAUAAAAGAUUAUAUUAUUUCGUA